UACUCAGCCAUCGAUCCCUCAAGGACACAGCAACUCUUUAGGAACUACAGCACUGGAUAUAAACAGCGUUGUGCAGAGUAUCCAGAAAGAAUUAUCAGUUGGAUCGUACUCAGAAAAUCAAGCAGUGAGUUUAUAAUAUUUUGAAUUUUAAAUUCUCUUUACCACGUGUCCCUGAUCAUUCCUCUCUAGAUUACCCAUUACACUCACAAAGAGUGACCGGUCGAACCUAGAUGUGUAGCCAUGCACCCAACACUGGCGGGGGUGCAAUGAAAGAAAAAGCUUGCUACAUUGCUGGCAUAGUUACACUAAGGUGAUGAUCAUGGUCUCUGGUCCUUCGAUUUAAUGGCGUCACAUGGUUGGUUUUUAGAGCGAGAAACAAUGGAGACCCAUUUCUCCUUUGUUGCAACAGAACUAGCUAAAGAUAUUAUUGAAACACUAACAAAUAGUUCGAAUUCUCACGUAUUCGGAAACAGAAGGCAGCUGCUGGCAAAUGAGGUAGACAGCUGGAGUAGGGACAAUUCAACAGGAAACAGCAACCAGGUAGCAGUUUACCAGUCAAGAGCUGUGCAUGCACGGUAUCACCCAUCUUCAUAUUCGUCAAACAGUGGUGGUGUCAGCUCGUUCCCUCAGCAUCUACCUGGAGCAGCACAGAAUCAGUGUCAAAUGGCGAGUGACAUGCUAGUACCAAGUGUCCAGCAGCACUUCGGACCAAGCCAAGUUCCCGCAGUUUAUCCUGGUACUCACUACCAAUCGCCGCCUCAUUUAGUCGACUAUCAUCCACAAGGCACAUACAGUGCCGUUCAUUAUCACAGUUCCAGCCUACCACCAUCUCCUAACAUUCGAUUCCAAUCUUGGCCAGGCCGUGAGAAUAAUUUUCAGAGCUAUCACGCGACGUCGCACGGGCAACUCCCUCACAACAGUAUGGUGGUAGCAAGCGAAAGUCAAAACGGGCAGACGUUAUCUGCGUCCAAUAAUCAAGAAUUCGAUGAUCUUAACUCUUUCGGAAGUUAUGUCUACUCAGGCAGGGCGAAAGGAGAUGGAAACUCCCCGGCAUUUGCAAUGCUUACCAACGUUAAAUCAAGUCCUAAAGUGACCAGAUCAGAUUCUUACAAAAGUUCCAGUGGUAGCAGGGAUAGUUUGGACAGUAUUUCGACCGAAGGUUUAUCAACACCGCGAGAGAUAACGUCAAAUGACACGUUACUUAGCCUGAGGUCUGAUGAUCCUUACAGUUUUCAUGAAAUCAAAAGAGAGCCGGAUGAUGACUCAGCAUUCAUGGAAACCCCUGCCUCCUUUUCCUUCCCUGCCAGCGAUAAUGAGGUUUUCUGUUCUGUUCCUGGCCGGCUGUCAUUGCUUAGUUCAAAUACAAAGUAUAGGGUAACAGUAGGAGAAAUUCGGCGAAGAAUCAACCAUCCGGAAUGUCUCAAUGCAUCGUUACUUGGUGGAGUACUUAGAAGGGCCAAGUCAAAGGAUGGUGGUCGUAAAUUACGAGAGAAGUUGCAGAGGAUGGGUCUGUCGUUACCAGCUGGUCGCAGAAAAGCAGCUAAUGUUACUUUGAUGACUUCGUUAGUAGAAGGAGAAGCUGAGCAAAUGGCAGCUCAUUUUGAUUAUCUUUGCGAAGCAGAAUUCCCAGGUGCACAGUUAGCUGAGCACGUUGCAAAACAAAGCAUAGAAUCAACAGACCUUCAGAAUAGAAAGAACGCAGUGAUUGCAGCCAAACAUCUGACAAAAGAACUCCAAGACAUGCUAGUCAGAGAUCCCUACCCGACAUACUCCUCCGAAGCGACAUCAGACCUUCCAGAAUCUGUGCUGCGAGGACUGAAUAGAUUUGGGUUGCUGACCCAUGGCUUUGGUUCACCAGCAAUCAACGCUUCUUUAAAUGCAUUUCAAUCGUAUUUGACAGAACUACUGACAAUUUAUGACAAGGAAAUAGCUCAAACUGGAACGUCAAUUGUAAGUAGCAGUGCUCCAAAAAUAAGGAAAAAGAGCUAAUCGACACAGAUUUCCUGCAAUGAAUAAACGGUUCAAAUAUCUAGCUCGUUUCACGGGGAUUUUCAAAUUUUUUCACUCAUUACUGCGUUCGGCUAUUAGUGUGACCGUAUAGCUUUUAGGUUAGGUUGAAUUUCGCUGUAAACCUCUUCAGGGAAAACCCAGUGCUUAUUUUCUUGGCGUUAACGCGACUAGCGUGGAUUAUAAUUAUGUCGAGUAUAAGACACUUAUUUAGAGAAAUCUGGCAAUAUGAAAUUUGUAAAUAAAUCUCCAUGCUUUUAUAGCCAUGCUCAAGAAUUUAAAACUGCUUUGCAUCUUCAUGUAAACAAAGGAACAUGAGUUAAUUCUUAUAGAAACUGCAUCAUGUUUUCUCGAGAAAAGCCUAAAGAGGGAAAUGAAUUACACUAGUUAUUUGUUUUUUUGUCCUUUGUUCUAUAUUUUUUUUAAAAAAAUGCAGCAAAAUGCGAUAUUAAUUAAUCCUUGGAUUAUGCAAAAUACAACAAGCUUACAAGAUGAAAUAUUGAAUUCGAUUUCAAUGUGGAAGUUGCAAAAGAAUCUGCUGAACAAAAAUGACAAAUCUAACUGCUUCAAACCACACGAAUUGUUCACAUGGUUAUUUGAGUCAUCGGCUACCAGCAGGCCCAUCAGAAGCGUUGGGGGUGGGGUAGGCUAAGAUACCGUUUUGCCAUUAUAGAACUGGUCCGGACACAAGAGAGACACUCGAUAAAACGGUUUGGUUGCUUCAUAGAGAACGAUAGAAUAAUGCUGACAUAGAUCUCUUGAGAUUUUUAGUCUUGACUAAUCGUAUUCGAAGCUUUGAAGUUUAACUUUUCACAGUGUAUUAUCCUAGCAUGCGCAAAAGUCAUGAAAAAUAUCUGUUAUCAGAUAAAGUCGCUUAGUUAUUAAUACAUUUCAAUUCUAAUUAUUGUUUUGUAAUUCCGUAUGAGAAGCUACUGCAAAUUCUUUUUUAAAAACUGUAUAUUUCAUCAACAUUGAACAAUAUCCUAUAAUAUAUAUAUGGGAAAUGAAACACAGUACAAAUUUUAUCCUUUUAGCUAAAACAAUUUCAAGUUUCUGUUACAAAAUAACCUAAGAUGCAAAUUUUUCGUUUUUUCGUCGAACAUUUUCAAGGGCUUCAAAUAUCAAUGACAAUUUUAGGCUCAGUCAUCUUCCUGAUGUUUUCAGCCUCUUGAGUUAAUCGAUAUCAAAAAAGCUUUUUAUCGAUUCUGUCAAAAGAAAUGCGAUAUUUCAAGUAUAUGAAACUGCUUUAGAAACAAUUACCUUUAUCACUGUAUGUCUUUUAAACACUUGGUAUGGUUUUUUAAUGACGAUUUUCGCAUUUUAGGCCAACUAACAUUAGUUUUCCAUCCACUGUGCUCAUUUCAUAAUUUUACACGUGUUAUGACCUCCAGUUAGUCAAAACACGUGACUAUACUCUUGAGAUUUGUUCUAUUGUUGAUGAAAUAUGUUCUUUUCUUUCAAGAAACCUGGAAACUAACGUAUUGAAGAGUAGGCCUUCAAUGAACCAGUAUUCCUAAUAAAAGGCCUAGGAAGUAAUCUUGUUUCAAAGAACAUGGGCUUCUACAUUAAAUGCUUCAUUAUAAUAAAUUUAAACAGAUGCUUAUUCUUAAGAUAUGCAACCCUAUGACAAUGUGGAAAUGUAUUUCCCCAGGAUGCCCUAGUACAUUUCUUCUGGCUAUACCAAUUAUAUUACAGUUGAAACCAGUGUCAUUUGUUUUAAAUUUGGACGCUGUCUUAAUUAUUAAUGAAAAACUUAAAGUUUUUAACGAUUUGACAAUGCAAACGCUUAUUUAUGAUUAACAUCGGUUUUAAGCCAUUCAAGAGUAACCUAAUAGGUUGAUAAAUUUUGAAUAGGGAGUUAAAACUUAUAGUCAAUUGAAUUUGAAGGCCAUUCCCGUUAACCUCAUAUAUGCAGUGUAUGUGCCUACUUGAGUUCUUUUUCAAUUUGAGCUCUCUAAGUACGCAUACAUUUGUUUAUUGGUAUUGAAGACUGUAUACUGACUAUUUUUAACAUCUGUUACAGAAAAAAUUAUUUCUCAAACCCAGGGAGUGUUAGCAAAGCAAGGGUAACAUAUUGUGGUUGAAUUUUUAUAUCAUAGUCAAAGGCCUACAAUACAAAAGCAUUAACGAAGGCUCCCAUAGGAUAUUUUGUUUCCCAGGGAAACAAAGCGUUUGGAGAAUUUAAUGAGCACAUUGUGAAUAUGGUGUUGUAUCAAAAUCUGUAAGCCGCAAUGGUUUUCCGGUACACCUAAUUCUUUCCAAGGUCGGGAUUGAAUGAAACCUCUAUCAAGAAAACUUAAUAUGCAAUAGGGGAUCAGUUUUCACCCAAGCAUAUUCUCUAUUAGCCGCUAAAUCCACCAGUUUCGAUGCUUUUCAAAAAGGUUCUCGAGUUUUACCUAUGAAUUUGCUUCAUACAAUUUUAAUACGUGCUUUUUUUCAACCGUGCAAGUUUUCGUUGGUCGUCUUGGACCCAUUACGGCUUACAGGUUAAAAUGGCUCAAUAUAUUGUGUAGCAGACUGCCGCACUCAUUCUAGAAUAUUCCUUAAGUUUUGUAUAUCUGAACCUGUUUUAUUCACGUUUUUAUGUGAAUUAUACAGCAUUUGUGCUGACGUAUUGCGUGUAAGAAGUAUGCAACUUUGCCGUUAAACAGUGUAGAAUUGUAAGCUAGUUCAAGUUUACUCUAAUGUACUUCCAGUUUUGUAAAACGUAAAGAAACAUAGAAUUUUGGAUUGCGUAGUAAAUUUUUAAAUGGGAAAAUACAUGAAAGGUUUUUGCAUUGACAA